CAACAAACGAACAGAGCAAACCAACCAGCAAAACAAGCAGACACAAUGCCAUCGCAUGCCACCAAAAAACGCAAAACCAGCGCCACCACCGCGGAUGUCAAGAGGAAAAAAAUCUCUGUCAAGAACAACCCUGCGAGUCCUAGCACAUCAUCAUCAUCAUCAUCCGACAGCGAAUGUUCCACCGAUGCCGGCGGUGUGGACCUAAACGAAACCUCGGACGCAUCAGACCCAGAAGCCGACGAGUACUCCCUAUCUUCCUCUGCUAGCGCUACGAAUUCCGAAUGUGGCGCCGACUCCGAUGACAACCUCUCCGACCUUCUCUCCGCCCCGCAUCCUACAAAAAAGCGUAGGCGCAACGACCCCGAAGGCUUCUCCACGGCAAUGUCGAAGAUCCUCUCCUCGCACUUGACCACGACGGCGCGCAAAGAUCCCGUACUCGUCCGUGCGAAGCACUCCGCGGCGGAGGUUGACGAGAGCAAGAUCGAGGCGAAGGCUCGCAGAGUUCUGCGCGAGGAGAAGAGGAAGGGGUUGGAGAAGGGGCGGGUGAAGGAGGUUGUGCCCAAGGGUGAUGAUGAGGCGGCGGGGAAGGCAUUGGAGCUUGAGAAGAAGCUUAGGAAGACGGCGCAGAGAGGGGUGGUUAAGUUGUUUAAUGCAGUUAGGGCUGCACAGAUCAAGGGCGAGGAGGGGAGUAGGGUUGUGAAGAGGAAGGGGGUUGUGGGCAUUGCGAAGAGGGAGGAGAAAGUGACGGAAAUGUCGAAGCAGGGCUUCCUAAGUCUCAUCCAGUCUGGCGGGAAAUGAUCACCUCCGAAAGUUUACCUCCAACUACGUUUCCCAUAUAUACGUGCAAACCUGUAAUUAUGUCAAAAGUUUCUGGGUUUCUAUUUUAUUUUUUAAAAAACCCGCCCCCCCGA